GCAUAUGCGGCUUUAUUGCUUUUUGGUGCGCGCGGAUCAAAGUUAACUCCUCAGGAGGCAUUCACGGCAUCUGACCCUACACUGCAAGGAGCCGCAAUCCCUGAACGUCUUCGGCUUUGUACCUGAGUGGCCGAAUCUGUCCGGGGCUUUCAAAGAGUUGUGUGCUCAGAUUAUUUACAUAAUCGCCAAGGAUAUGAUCCGUGUUUAUUCUGGCAGCUGCCCGCCGAAUUUAACAUAAUAUAGGCUAUACAUAAUUUGUUAAACAAUAACUUGGAACUUUUGCUUGAAGAAGUGAAGAUGAACAGCACAGCGGACUUCGUCUGCAAGUACGAAGAACUUGGCGACUCGAACAGAACCUCGUGUACGAACAUAAGUGAAUCGCCUUACAGUGUUAUCGAUGUGGCGUCUUUUAUGCACGUUUUCCCGUCCGUGUACGGUAUUCUAUGCACCAUAGGUGUAAUUGCCAACGGUUUAGUGAUUUACGCUGUGGCGACUUGUAAGAAAAAAAUGGUGUCGGACAUCUACGUGCUGAAUUUGGCAAUCGCCGAUAUGCUCUUCUUGUUGGUGAUGCCUUUUACAAUCCACCAACUGGUCAGGGACCAACAGUGGGUGUUUGGGAACUUAAUGUGCAAGGCGGUGAUGGUUGUAGAUGUCAGCAAUCAGUUCACAACCGUGGGAAUUGUAACUGUUUUAUGUAUAGACAGGUACGUCGCCAUCGUCCACCCGACCUCAGAAAGGAGGACCAUCCGGUGGACCAUGGUGAUCAACGGCAUGGUGUGGGUGACCAGCUUCCUGCUGACGGUGCCGGUGAUGCUGUACACGCACACGGUGCGGAAGAAGCAGGUGGAGAUGUGCAUCGUGGACCUGCCUCACGGGCCCAAAGACAUGUACUGGUACACGCUCUACCAGUCCACCAUUGGCUUCAUCAUCCCCCUGGUCAUCAUCAGCACGUUCUACUCCCUCACCCUCUACCACAUCUUCCGCUCCAUGCGGAGGGUCAAACGCAGGCAGUCCGUCUGGGCCAAGCGCGCCACCAAGACGGUGGUGAUGGUCAUCGCCAUCUUCCUGGUGUGCUGGUCGCCUUACCACGUGAUCCAGGUGAUCAACCUGAGCAUCCAGUCUCCCACCAACUCCUUCAUCUACGCCUACAACGUCAGCAUCUGCCUGAGCUACUCGCACAGCUGCAUCAAUCCGCUCAUGCUGCUCAUCUUCGCGCAGAAUUACCGCGAGCGCAUCUGCCGGGGGAGGGACAUGCGGGGAGGCAAGCAGAGCUCAUCCAAGGGCACCACGGUGAAGGCCGACCAGAGCUCGGCGGUCACCGCGGAGACCAGCUACCGCUGUACGCUGGUCUAGCCAUCCGCCGCUGUGCCGCCAGCCAGUCAUAACCCUUACUCUCUCGCAGUCUGCCAAAACAGGACCCUUACUCCAUCGUAGUCAGCCAUAACAGGAUUAUUACUCCAUUACAACCAAAACAGGAUCCUCACUCACAGUCAGGAAAAACAAGACUCUUACAAUCUCACAAUCAACUAAAACAGGACCCGGUCACCCUCACAGCCAGCCAAAAAGUACCCUUCUCAUCAGCUGAAACAGUCCCCUUACCCCAUCAACACCACCCAAAACAGUCCCCUUACCCCAUCAACACCACCCAAAACAGGACCCUUACCACUAGCUGAAGCAUUGAGUGCACACCCAGCCAAAACAGCAGAGUAGGAUGUGAUCCAUUGUGGUGGUGUUUUGUUGUUAGCUAUAUAUGUCCAUUAUUCAUUAUCCCAAAAGCCAUGUAUGUCCUUACCUCCUUUUUGCCAGCCAAAGGAGUUCUCUUACCGCUACCGUAAGUGGAAUCUGUAACCUUUCCCCCAACUGAAAAUAUUGCUUCUGUCUAAACAAAGCAGUAACAUUGAUCCCUUAAUUCCCACCUGAAGUGUUUCCUUACCAUCAUUAUGGCAGCUUAAAGGAUGUCCUCUCUGAUAUGAUAUGAUACAUCUACAGCAGUGGUUCUCAACUCGGGCCAGAAAGGGCCGGUGUGGGUGCAGGCUUUU